AUGACACCCGAAUACAAGGCCGAGAAAGAGGCCUCCGUCUCGUAUCUUGGCGGCGGCAACAUCUGGGAGAUCAAUCUUGUGACGCUCGUAGCCCCCGCUGCCGCACUUUGCUGGUCCAUCUUGCAAAAAAGACAGGGCGUCUUCAAGCCGUACACAGUCUCUGCCGCCGUGGCCGACUUCUUGCUGAACUGCUGUGCUAUCCUUUUCGCAACCACCGUCUACGCCGGCCAACCGCAGACUCUGAAUGGCUUUCUCAUCUUGCCCACCGUGGCAGCCAUGCUGCAGCCUCCUGCAGCGAAGGAAAAGACAGCGAAGCCUCCGCCGAAAUCCGAGCCCAACGGCAAGCCCGCUGAGCCGCACGACCAGAACGCGGGAAGCGACCUGGAUCCUCUUCCCGUGAAACCGUUCAUUACCACCUACCGGGGAGCGAUGAUGGUUGUGACUUGCGCAAGCAUCCUUGCCGUCGACUUUCCGAUCUUUCCUAGGCGUUUUGCGAAGACCGAGAGCUAUGGAACCUCACUCAUGGAUAUGGGUGUUGGCUCUUUCGUCUUCGCAGCUGGCAUGGUGGCUGCUCGUCAGCAGCUCAAGGAGCAGCACUCCGCCUCACGCUCCAUCACUGCAAGACUCAAAGCUUCCAUGCGCCAUGCUUUGCCGCUGUUCGUGCUUGGCCUCAUCCGCCUCUGGACUGUCAAAGGUCUUGACUACGCCGAGCACGUCAGCGAGUACGGCGUACACUGGAACUUCUUCUUCACACUCGCCCUACUUUCGCCCGCCAUCGCCAUCCUGCAACCACUCUUGAGAGUCUUCCCAUCCUACGGCCUACUCGCAUUCCUCAUCGGCAUCUGCAUCGAAAUCUUCUACGAGUCCUACUACGGCAUUAAAGCGUAUAUCAUCCUCUCCGAGCGAAUCCCCGGUGACUGGCUCUCGCAGAACCGCGAAGGCGUCUUCUCCUUUGCAGGCUACCUGGCCAUCUUCAUCGGCGGCAUGGGCGCUGGCAUGGGCAUUCUCCCGCGCGACGUCGACCCGGAAGAGAAGCGGAAGCAGGAAAAGGCUAAAGCGGCAGAGAAGGACUCCAUGGACGAAGACGCCGAGUGGCUCGCAUCCGUUCUCGCACCCGACCAGCAGAAACCAGCCGCGAAACCAGUCUCCUACCACCCUCUCAAACCCGAGUACCCGCAGACCACCUUCUUCCACCUCGUCAAAUGGACCGGCAUCUGGUUCAUCCUCGCCGUCUGGGCAAUGUGGCUCUACGGCCCCGGCCUCUUCGUCUCCCGCCGCAUGGCCAAUCUGGCGUACGUCAUCUGGGUCUGCGCGUUCAACUCCGCGCAGCUUCUACUCUUCUGCUCCAUCGAGUCGUGGGUCUUUCCUAAGAUCUACGAUGCGAAGGACAAGGCUACGGAGAAACAGCGGGUCAGCGAUGCUACGAGCACGGUCAUGAAGGCUUUCAAUCGCAAUGGACUGGCGUUGUUUCUGCUGGCCAAUUUGCUCACGGGGCUGGUGAAUAUGAGUAUGGAGACGUUGCACAUGGGGGAUACGAUGGCUAUGGUGGUGUUGGUGGGGUAUAUGGGGGUGCUGUGUGCGGUGGCGUUGGCGUUGGAGAGGUGGGAUGUUUCGAUUAAGCUGUGA